AUGACGAACGUUAUCGGAAUUACUUCCAUCUCGAUGCUUGCAAGGGCCUUAAUUACACUGCACUUCAGCUUGUACCGUUUAAGUGGUACCAUUUGGUUGACCCUGCGUUUUGAUGACGGCUGGAGUCAAACUUUGACAGGCUCCACUGUGGCGCCGUUCCCAUCGUUGGCAGUGACGCUGGCCUUUAAUUUGCUGCGUGUCCUGGCCACGUGCUCCUCUGUGGCGCUCUACGUGUCUCCAUGGCCGGAGUUCCGCCGCAUCCAGCGCCGGCGCUCGCCUGGAAACGUGUCGCUGCUGCCUGUGGUCAUGCUCUUUUGCAACGCCUUCAUGUGGUGUGUCUACGGCUGCGUGGCCGACAGCAUCUUUCCCCUGGUCGUGGUCAACGCUUUCGGCGUCUGCACCAGUCUCAUUUUCUCCGCCAUUUACGUGCGCUGGGGCUCCACAGAGCAGCAAAUCUACGCGCGCCGACUCUGGGUCGGUGCUGGCACGGCCAUGCUGCUGGUCACCAGCUACGCCGUCCUCGGGGUGUGCGGUGCCAUCUACCAGCACCCGGAUGAGGUCGUAGCCACGCUCGGCUCUGUGUGCGUCAUUUGCAACAUCUUCCUGUUCGCGUCGCCUUUGGAGACCUUGGGCAAGGUUAUCCGCACCAAGUCGGCGGCGUCGCUGCCCAUCGAGCUGUGCGUAGCCAACCUCGUAGCUGGCGCACUCUGGUCUGCGUUGGCCAUCGGCCAGAACGAUAUGUUCGUUCUCACGCCCAACGCGCUAGGCACGAUGCUGGGCGCUCUUCAGGUGGCUCUGUACCUCGUAUACCCGCCGCGAUUCCAGGCGGUGCUACGCCCGGAGCGCUCUCGGCCGCUGCCGAUCAUCACGUCUACUUCAAAGCCGGACGAGUUGAGUAUCAAGGUCGCAGUACAAGGACCCGUGUUCUGCCGGAACCGAGUUCCCUGA